GGCACUUUAUCGAGGGUAUUUUGCAUCGACGGAAAAAUCGAGGAAUUUCUAAACGGGAUUCUAGUCGUGUUUAUUCAUCGAUCACGUGUAGCGUUCUCGAUGACGAAAUAUCGUUCGUAAACCGAUCGAAGGAUACUAGUUGGAAAGAAAUCGCAUCCUUGAUUCGAGGUCGUUGAACCGUUGGGAUCUCCGAUCUCGAGCGUCAACAGUUUCUUCUGACAGAGUUACACGGUUACUCGUGACGCCAGCGGUCGUUUUUGAUCGCGUGUCGUUCCAUUAGCAUAAAAUCGAGUGUCAAUGUCACCCUCGAGACUGAACGACUACGGUUUCGCAUGCAGCGCAUGGUGUCAGAAAGUGUGGUUAGGUUGUUCCUGAAAGUAUUACGGUCCCGACGAAGUGAAGGGAACCGAGUGCAACGAAUUCCAUUGGUUUCUGGAGUUUGGCGACGCGGACACGGCGCCAAGCAUGAUUUUCACCGGCAGGUCGGUGGACGCUCUCGACGAAGUUCGCGGCAGCAACGUCCAGGCGGACAACCGUCGGGAUGUCAGCGCCGUCGCCAUAGCCGCAGGAUGGUUCUCCAGCCUGCGCAGACCCGGUAAAAGGAACAAGAAGGGCUACCAAAAGCAGGCCAAGAGCGCAUGGGACCUUAGCACAUUAUCUAUGCAACUGAAAGAUGAGCUGGGCGAAGUGGUGGCCGAGAUGGAGGCGAUGGAGGGCGGUGGUCUCGCGCCCGACGAAACCAAGCCGUCAAACAAGGCGAAGCAGACGUCGAUCGGCCGUAAGAAGUUCAACAUGGACCCUAAGAAGGGCAUCGAGUACCUGAUCGAGCAUAAUCUGCUGGCACCGACGCCGGAGGACGUCGCUCAGUUCCUCUACAAGGGCGAAGGUCUGAACAAAACCGCGAUCGGCGAUUACCUCGGCGAGCGAAACGACUUCAACGAGAGGGUGUUGCGCGCCUUCGUCGAAUUGCACGACUUCACGGACCUGAUCCUGGUGCAAGCUCUUCGGCAGUUCCUCUGGUCGUUCAGACUGCCCGGCGAGGCUCAGAAGAUCGACCGGAUGAUGGAAUGCUUCGCGCAGAGGUAUUGCCAGCUGAACCCGAACAUAUUCACGAACACGGACACCUGUUACGUGCUCAGCUUCGCCAUCAUCAUGUUGAACACGUCCCUGCACAAUCCGAGCGUCAAGGAUAAGCCCAGCGUGGAACAGUUCAUAUCUAUGAACCGUGGCAUCAACAAUGGCGGAGACUUGCCUCGCGAACUCCUUGUGAGUUUAUACGAAAGUAUAAAAACAGAACCAUUCAAGAUACCGGAGGACGAUGGGAACGAUCUGAUGCACACGUUCUUCAACCCGGAUAAGGAAGGCUGGCUCUGGAAGCAAGGCGGACGUUACAAGAGCUGGAAGAGACGAUGGUUCAUAUUGAACGACAACUGUCUCUAUUACUUCGAAUACACGACCGACAAGGAGCCACGAGGCAUCAUUCCGCUGGAAAACAUUCAGGUCAGAGAGGUGCAGGAUCGGCACAAGCCGCAUUGCUUCGAGCUGUACGCCGCCGGCUCAGAGUUCAUCAAGGCGUGCAAGACGGACAGCGAGGGAAAAGUUGUCGAAGGCAAGCACACCGUGUACAGAAUGUCUGCGGCCACAGACGAAGAAAAGGAAGAAUGGAUCAAAUGCGUGCGGCAAAGCAUAUCACACAAUCCUUUCUAUGACAUGCUUGCGGCUAGAAAAAAGAAGGCGCAAAAGACCAAUGUACAUUCGAAGAGUUAAACUUUACUGCAGACUCAGCUUCGAAAGAAGCCUGGCGAGACACAAGACUGUCUAUUCACGAGCCUGCGUCCCUAUCAGGAUCGUGAAGAAUAAUUAAACGAAUCCAGACAAAGGUCCAUCCAACUGCAUGUGAAGGAUUUAGCAGGAAAUACAGGUGUUCACUUUACCUGUUGAUGGAUAUUCGUUGGCGUGGCAUCGUUCAUUGAGUGAAAAGCAACGGAAAAAUAUGAAGAAAUGGGAAAGCGAUGCCAUUGGCUGAGAAUCGUUCGGCAUUAUGUUUUGUAUAAGAAUUACGCUGCGCUUUAGGGGCCUAGAUACAUAUUUAAAUGAAUUUCGAUAGUAGACUCAAAAUGUUUCCCUGAGAGACAAACGUGUAGAAAGACGUUCAAAGUUGUAGCACGUUUAAGGUUAGAAAAUCAUGUAUUUCCAGCAAUCGUGACGACGAUGCUGGACGAGUAUACAUUAGGCAUGAAAAGACAACGUUUUUCUUUUCAUAGAACUCCGAAAGAGAUAGGCAAAAAGAGUUUUAAAGAAGCUUCGGUUAGAUAUUAAAACAAGUUCAUAGAAAAAUAUGACGUGUGUAGGUUAUCGAUCGAUGGAAAGAUAGAUUCGUCCAAAGCAAAGAAAAAAAGAGACAAUUUUGGGAAGAGUGAAAUCUUUCUUAUUUUCUGGCAGCUUUAGGGAAUUAUCGAGACUCGAAGUCGCUUCGAGCAAACCGAAGAUGCGUAAAAUAUUUAUUUUAUACGGAUCCUUCGUGCGUUACUAUGUCGUUUCGCGUUCUUUAUAAUAGACUAGGAGAACAAAAUCCGGAGGUGAUUGGAAAGUGUAAUAAAAUAAAGACUCUGCAAACGAUUGUAAACUGUCAUUAAA